GACUCGUCCUGAUUUCCACUCUCCCCGUUUACUCCUGCACUAUUUUUUAAACAUUUCUUGAAUCUGUCUCCCCCUCCUGUCUCGUUCCUCUGUGUCUUUCCUCUAUUAUUUUCCACUCAGUUUCUCGCAGUGUUAAAAUGGCGGCGUUGAGCAGCGCCGAGUCCCCACCGCCCGUCUUCAACGGAGACCCCAUGGACCGCGAUGCGGAGCGGGAGCCCGGGCUGGAGGAGCUGGGCGCGGGGCUGGCCUCCACCUGCUCCGGGGGGAUCCCCGAGGCUCAGCAGGACAUUCCCGAGGAGAUCUGGAACAUCAAACAGAUGAUUAAGCUGACUCAAGAGCACAUAGAGGCACUUCUGGACAAGUUUGGUGGUGAACACAACCCCCCAUCUAUAUACCUGGAGGCCUAUGAAGAGUACACCAGUAAGCUUGAUGCUUUACAGCAGAGGGAGCAGCAGCUGCUGGAGGCAAUCGGCAAUGGCACUGAAUUCUGCUCCUCUCCUACCCCCAGCCCACUGGAGGUGAAGCUGGGAGCAGCCCAGGGCAUCCCUGCUGCCCCAAACACCCUAGCUGUGUUGCAGACCCCCACAGACGCUGCUCGUGGCAACCCCCGCUCGCCUCAGAAACCCAUUGUCAGAGUAUUUCUGCCCAACAAACAGAGGACAGUGGUCCCGGCACGUUGCGGCAUGACCGUAAGGGACUCCUUGAAGAAGGCUCUAAUGAUGCGAGGUCUGAUACCAGAAUGCUGUGCUGUCUACAGGAUUCAGGAUGGGGAAAAGAAGCCCAUUGGCUGGGACACAGACAUUUCCUGGUUGACAGGAGAGGAACUCCAUGUGGAGGUUUUAGAGAAUGUGCCCCUGACAACCCACAAUUUUGUAAGGAAGACGUUCUUCACGUUGGCCUUCUGUGAUUUCUGCCGGAAGCUGCUGUUCCAGGGUUUCCGCUGCCAGACGUGUGGCUAUAAAUUCCAUCAGCGCUGCAGCACUGAGGUCCCACUCAUGUGCGUCAACUACGACCAGCUGGAUUUAUUACUGGCAUCUAAGUUUUUGGUGCACCACCCCAUUACCCAGGAGGAGGUGUCAUCAGAGGGUACCACCCCUGUUUCAGAGAUGUGUCCGUCCAUCCCACCAUCUGACUCUACAGGGUCACUGUGCCAUCCAAGUGUGUCCCCGUCCAAAUCCAUCCCCAUCCCACAGAGUUUCCGGCCAGGAGAGGAAGACCACCGUAACCAGUUUGGCCAGAGAGACCGGUCUUCCUCAGCUCCCAACGUCCAUAUCAACACAAUUGAGCCAGUCAAUAUUGAAGACUUGAUUCGUGACCAAGGUUUACAGAGGUCUGAUGGAGCCCCCCUGCCCCUCCUAGCCCGCUGCUUGAGGAAGCACAGAACACGGACCUCUGCUCCCCUCCCAUACUCCUACCCCAAUGACAUUGUGUUUGAUUUUGAGCCUGAGCCUGUGUUCCGAGGCUCCACUACUGGACUGUCAGCCACGCCCCCUGCCUCCUUGCCAGGUUCCCUUACCAAUGUGAAGAUUCCGCAGAAGUCGCCAUGUCAACAACGGGAGCGCAAGUCUUCGUCCUCAUCUGAGGACCGCAAUAAAAUGAAAACACUGGGCCGACGGGACUCCAGUGAUGAUUGGGAGAUUCCAGAGGGUCAGAUCACUUUGGGACAGCGGAUAGGAUCUGGCUCUUUUGGAACUGUCUACAAGGGGAAAUGGCAUGGUGAUGUGGCAGUAAAGAUGUUGAAUGUCACUGCCCCUACUCCUCAACAACUACAGGCCUUCAAGAAUGAAGUUGGGGUUCUCAGGAAAACUCGGCACGUCAAUAUCCUGCUCUUCAUGGGUUACACCACCAAGCCCCAGCUGGCUAUCGUCACACAGUGGUGCGAAGGCUCCAGCCUCUACCACCACCUGCACAUUAUUGAGACAAAGUUUGAGAUGAUCAAACUGAUCGACAUCGCCCGCCAGACAGCCCAGGGCAUGGACUAUCUGCAUGCCAAGUCUAUCAUACACCGAGACCUGAAGAGCAACAAUAUCUUCUUGCAUGAGGACCUGACAGUAAAGAUUGGUGAUUUUGGUCUCGCUACAGUGAAGUCCCGCUGGAGUGGAUCGCACCAGUUUGAGCAGCUCUCUGGCUCGAUCCUGUGGAUGGCUCCUGAAGUGAUCCGGCUGCAGGAUAAGAACCCAUACAGCUUCCAGUCAGAUGUCUACGCUUUUGGCAUUGUGCUGUAUGAGCUCAUGUCAGGCGCAUUGCCUUACUCCAACAUCAACAACAGAGACCAGAUCAUCUUCAUGGUUGGCCGAGGUUAUCUUUCUCCUGACCUGAGUAAGGUGCGCAGCAACUGCCCCAAAGCCAUGAAGAGGCUCAUGGCUGACUGCUUAAAGAAGAAAAGAGAGGAGCGACCCCUUUUUCCUCAGAUCCUGGCCUCCAUUGAGCUUUUGGCACGCUCCCUACCCAAGAUCCACCGCAGCGCCUCUGAACCGUCCCUCAAUCGCGCUGGCUUCCAGACGGAAGACUUCAGUCUGUACGCCUGCGCCUCUCCAAAAACACCCAUUCAGGCUGGAGGCUAUGGAGAAUUCUCAGCAUUUAAGUAGUGCCACCAGCUGAAAAGUCCAUCCCUCGUCACUUUUUAAGAUGUCUUGUGUUCCUGCAGUGGGUUCAUCCAUAAAACAGAAAAAAACACCUAGUUUCAAAGAAUGUGCUGUUUUUCUUCCUCUUUACCUGAAGAGCAACGGUGUUGAUGGAAUCGCUAAAAAAUAAUAAAAACAAACAAAAAAAAUUCAAGGUGGGGGGGGACUCAGCUGGGAUCCAUCGCUGAUUUUAAGGAAAAAAUAUCAUAACCUGAAAACAAGAAAACUUGAAAUGAUGCGCAUAAAAUAAAAUUGACACUGAAGUUGCGAAACCUUCGAGGUGGCCACCGGAUGAAAGAGGAGACAAAUGCAGGACGUGAGGAUGAAGCGUCAGAAGUCUCGCCUUGAGGAGGAAAAAAGGACGACUGACUUUUGGAGACGUGAAAACAGAAAGGGCCGAUGAACGGUGCUUAAGAUUGUCUAGCCUUUCUGUGUUUCUGCUGGUGUCAGCAUGCAGUGCUGACCAAAUGGAGCACAGGAUUUACACAUUGACCAACGGCAUGAUUCUGUAGUAGAGAAUAGAGCGAGCGAUACCGUGUCCUUAUUUGCAGUUUCUCUUUGGAUAUCAUAAGGGAAUGAGGUUGGAUCUCAACCGAUCUCGGAGAGGACGUCAGGAGAUGACUUGAAUGAUGUUACGAGACGUUUCUUUUUCUUUGUACUGAGUUUGUUUUGAUGUUGCCUAAGGCCAGAGCUGCUGAUAAUGUUUUUGUCCUCUUUGUUUUUAUUCGUUUUGUUUUUGAUUUUUCGUUUGCUUUGUCCCACAGCUUUGCUUUUUCAGUAACAUGAUGUCAGAUCAAGUACAUUCCUUUGUGGAGACGGGUAAAGCAUCAGUAGAUUUUUUUUUUUUUUUUUUUUUUUGGACUUUGCUUUUUGGGCUUCGUUUACAGAGUAACGGUAGUGGAAUGUUUGUUUGGGAGAUAUCCAAUAUUGCCCAAACAAAUAUGCUCCAUUCUACUGGAUGGUGACUGUGAUAUUCAUUAUAACUACAUGCCACCCCAAGGAAUCUUUUGUUGUAUUUAUAAAUGUGGUGUGAGCCAUAUGAAAAAGCUCAUGAGCUUUGUUACGGACUCACAAAGACAAGUAAGAUCCAUUAAUAAAAUUAGCCAUUUUAUUGUAGCGACCUGAGGGGGUUUACUGCAAGGCUGAAAGUGAUGUAGGAUCAAGUUCAUGCUUUGUCAUAUUGAGUACAGCUUCAUAAGGAUGGAGAGCUCAUCAUAGAUCAGCUGUUCUGGAACCUACCAGAGAUGCCCGUGUGCCCAAAUGUUCAAUUCUACAUCCAUCAUUUACUUUAUAUUAGCAGAGCAUCUUUUAGCAGAUUAAUGCUACUGCCAGACUUGCUGUGAAGUGGCCGAGAGAAACUAAUGCUAUGUCCUUUGUUCUGAGCUUUGACUUCAGACAGAAUUGAGACAUCCUUAAGGACCAUACCACCCCCCCCCCUUUGGGCAUCCAUUCCAGUGUAUCUGUUGAGUUUAUGUUUUUGUGUCUUUUCAUGGACAGGCAGGCCUGCAGAAUAGAUUUAUUUAUGUAGCUUUAAUUUUAUUCCAUUUUCUCCCUCGCCUCUAGGAGAGAUUCUUUUUUUCGUUCAUUUGUUUUUGUUUUUUUAAAGCUACUUGUUUUCUGUGAUUGCUUAAAUGGAUGUUAAGCUGUGUCCUUUGCACUUUUGUAAAACAUUGAUGCAAAACAAGCAAUUUGCCUUUCAAUGGACAAAAACAUUUUUGUCAACGUUUCUAAGCAUGACUAAAUAUUCUCUGUAUCACAAUGGGAUUAAAAUGCCAUUACACAUUAGGAGAUAGAGCCAGAACUUUAGGGGGGGAAAGGAAACAGACCACACCAUUUUUAAAAAUGAAUGCGAUUUCUGACACUGUGUUGACGCUUGUUGGAUAUUUCAGAUGACACAUUUUAACAGAAUGCAGGUUGCAGAUCUGUCUGCUUGUUACCAGUUUGCUCUCUAUUAUGUACAACACUGCACACUUCUCUGUAUCUUACAUCUUUCAGAUGCCCAAAUUGCUCAUUAGACUGAUCGAUUAGAGGCUUCUCAAAGAAUCUGUCACUUACGCUCCAUUACAUAGACGAGAACUUCUACCCAGUUCCUUUUUUUUUUUUUUUUUUUUGAAGGAUGGAAUUGUUUUCAUUUUUUUUCUCUCAGUAUCAGUGAUGACACUCUGUGAAUUCAUUAUUAACCAUAAAGUGUACACAAGGAAGUGCACGAGUCUUUCGAAGGAGCCCUGUUUUAUGUGACAGCGUUCAGUCUCCUCAAGCUUUGGAGAUAUUUAAAUGGACCAGUUCUUGCUCUCAUGCUGUGGACUCUUCCAACCCUCCUUUUAGUUGGCAGACCUUAAAGCCGGACGCAAGGAAAUAACGGAGGUGAGAUUUUAAGAGUGCUGUAUUUAUUUUCAAGAUUUUCUUAUUUUAUAUGAGAAUGUUACUAAAGAAGUUUAUCUUUCGAAGGAUUGCUCACUUGACUGUGGAACACUUGGGGACAGUUCCUUUUUUCCCCUUUUUUGGGGUCUUCUAAAAGCCCUUUUCCUCUUCGCUUCUUUUCAGAUAUUUUAGUUUUGUGUCCCCUUCGUGUCCUUUCUCUUCCCCGCCCACCCUUUCCAGCCACUUUUGUUCCUUUGCAUUGCCUGCACCUUAACCCCCUAGUAUAAGUUAAUUCAACUGAGAACUAUCAUAAAAGCUUUUGGGAGACUCUUUUCACCUGUAAAUAGCUGUACAAAGGAAAUACUGUCCGUUUGCUAGGAGGCAUGGAGUUAAAAAAUGUUUCCAAUGAAGAAAUAAAGGUUAAGAAAAGACAUUUUGAUAGAUGAAAUUCUGAAAAAAAAUUCUGUGUAAAAAUAUUUAAGAUUGUAUAAUAUAAAAGAAGAAAGAGCUUAAUGUAUUUGUUGUGAAUAUGAAAAACUGAUAUAUUAAAGAAGUGCAUGAAAACUGUCA